AUCCGCCAUUUUGAAAUCUGUAACGACGCGUAGCCGGCUGUUGUGGUGAUUUACUUUCUUGAAUCUUGAUUCUUGAUCUAAAUUUGUUGUUAGUGGUCAUAACAGUUAACAAUAUGGGUAAAAAGGACUCCAAAAAAAGUGAUAACACUGAUGCUUCCAGCGAAGAGGAAGAGUAUGUGGUAGAAAAGGUCCUUGACAAGAGGACUGUGAAAGGAAAGACACAAUAUCUACUGAAAUGGAAGGGCUACAAGGAGGAGGAGAGUACGUGGGAGCCCGUGGAGAACCUCGACUGCGAGGCGCUCAUCAAGACCUUCGAAGACAACAGGAAAGAGAAAGAGAAGGAGAAAUCUGCCAAAAAACCGGAGAGCAAAAAGCGUGUCCGUGAGUCGAGCGAGGAGGCGGGGUCCAGCCGCAAGGGCCGCUCCACCAGCGUGUCCUCCGAUGACAAGCGGGAGAAGAAAGAAAAGAAGGAAGACAAAUCAAAGUCUGGCUUCGAAAAAGGCCUGAAAGCUGAAAAGAUUAUUGGUGCAUCAGACGCCACUGGGGAGCUCAUGUUCCUUGUAAAGUGGUCGGAUUCGGAUGAGGCAGAGCUGGUGCCUGCCAAGGUUGCCAAUGUCAAGUGUCCACAACAGGUAAUUGCGUUCUACGAGGAGCGACUCACGUGGCACACACCCAAUGACCAAGAGAACAAUUAGUGCUAAGUGGAUUUUGUGUUAACUAUUUUAAUUUUUGUAACAAGGAUUGCUACACACAAGGCCGGCAUUGUCGGAUCGCGUUAUUUCUCGAACUACCAAGAUGGCACUAGCCAAUAACACAGAUAUGCAUUAGACUUAUUUGAUUUUACCCUAAUUUUAAUCGAAUGAUGCCGGCAAGUUUAUGUGUGGUGUGUGGCAGCCCUAAGAGACCCUCCCACUAGCGUUUGUCGUUUUCAUAGGCGGAGCGCGCCAAGUGGAAACGGCUCUAUCAAAUUUAGGUUGGAUGUGUACCAUUCACAGAUACUGAUAUUUGAUGGCUAUUGGUUGACUUCUUAAAAUUACAUAAUAAAUGUCCUAAAUUCA